AUGAGAUCCUCCGAGCUUCGCGAUUUCCUCGAGCGCGUAGACGAGUUCACAUCGAUCGCCGUAGUUGAGCCCCGACCACUGAUUACCCGACCGAUUGUAUCGCUGGAUAGCCUCCGAUCCUGGCUCAAUACGGAAAGAGCACGAAGCCUCUUGUUAUACGUGGAGAGCACCCCCAGCUACGAGGACGCCGUCCGAACCAGUCAUCUAGCUGUAUUUUCAGUCCUACUUUCGAUAAACAAGGGUAUCUAUCUAUCUACGUUCAUACGACACGAUCACAUGGCAGAUGCCGGGCUACCUUUCCUUACCUGUGACGCAUGGCCGGACGCUGUCCAGUACAUAUUCGACGAGUUCUACGAAGCGCAGUGGAAGUUUUGCCCCAAACGUCUCGAUCCUCGCCAUUUGCACGACAUAUGGCUAGACAAAGACAUCGUUAUGCCCUUCAGAAAGAAGCGAGUCUUGAAGGGAGGUGAGGACUCGGUGAUCUUUAAGGUUGAGCUGUUUGAGGAGUACAACCAUCUCAUCACAGACGAUCUGAACAUCCCCCCUACCAACGUCUUCAUCCUCAAAUCGAGCCGAUCGGAAUACGCCAAGUUACACAACAACGAGGUAGAGGCUUACAGGACACUACUGAGUCAUGCGAGUGGUCGAGAUGCGAUGCAGCAUAUGGCCCGCUUCUAUGGUUCGUGGAGACAGAGUGAAUGUUGUAACAUAUUGCGCGAAUAUGUUGGUGGUGGCACACUGGCGGACUUCUUCGAACGAACCGAUCCGCCUACAACGAUGGACGACAUCCUCGAAUUCUGGAAGAACUUCAUACAAUUCAUCAAGCCAAUAGCGUGCAUACAUCGUCUUCCCGAUCCGCAUAAUCGUCAUUCGUUCAAAGCCGGACUACAUAACGACAUCAAACUAGACAACAUUCUUGUGACAGAGCAACUCGGGAGCAAUCCAUACAGCGUCUCCUUCAAACUAUCAGACCUUGGUCUCGCCGGCUUCGUGGUUGCGGAUGACAGAGAUGAGACGCAUAUUCGCGACGUGCACGGUACGAAGAUGUACAGUGCUCCUGAAUACUUCCGCGGCGAAACAGACAGGUCCAAGCAACAAGGCAUCAAGCAAGCACACCCAGCGAAAGACAUUUGGGCCUUGGCUUGUAUAAUAAGCGAAGCUGCAGUAUGGUCAGUAUUUGGCCACAGAGGGCUGGCCGAAUACCGUCAGCGGCGAGUCGAAGCCACCUCCGCUAUUCCAGCCCUCAGAAACACAGGUUACAGCAGCUGCUUCCAUGAUACUACGAAAGUUCUCGCUGCUGUAGAACAAAUGCAUACGGAUGUCAUCUACCGACGUCGAGCGAACAUCGACAGUAUCGUCAUGUCAGUCCUUCUUACUGUUGGCGGAAUGAUGAAUGAAGACCCGAAAAAACGACCGGAUGCGUGGAAAGUUUACGAAGAUCUCACACGAGCUGUAGAUCAGGCGAUACCACCAACACCCGGGCCAAUCACGCGACCAGCACCCCACGAUGAAAUUACGCGACCACCUGCACAAGGCAACUACAGGCCGCAUUCCAUGCCUGUCAAUUCGUCCCCUAAUCAGACUGUGGGUCUGAACAUUAGCGGGCUUUCUUUGCAGUCGCGCAGAGACACACACGGGGGUCCAGCAUAUCAUCCUCCAAGUAGACGAUCAACGGUCAACGGACAUCCUUCCCCUGCCUCACUUUCUGGUGCUUCGAGUAUCGGAAAAGGAAAAGCGCCAAGACGUUAUGCCCAUAGCCCGCCUGCCGAUACUAUACAUGAAUGGCAACGUACUCCACUGGCUCCGCUCCGCAGUCCUAUUCCGCAGCCUCAUGCGCCUGCUGGUCAGAAAGCCCGGCCCUCAGCAUCCAUCGCUCAGGUCUUGGAGCACAUACGAAAGAAGAAAGAUCACUUACCCACGACGCUCCCAGGCGAAGAAUGGCUCAAUCGGCUGCAUGGUAGAGACCAGAUUUUUCUCAUUGACGACUCCGAAUCAAUGCGGCAACACUGGCCUGAAGUCAAAAGCGUUUUCGAAGCUCUAGCGUACCUGGUCAAACUCAAGGAUCGAGAUGGCAUCGAGUUACAUUUCGCCAACAGUCGCGAGCAGAAUGGUCAGGAGAAGCACCGCAAAGGGCUCAUUAAAAGAUUGGAGAAGGUGAAACCCAACGGCCAGUGCCAAAUGGGUAUUGCGCUCAGCGAUAUUCUUCCCAACUACUACCAAAAUCAGCAUCAAAGUCAGUCAAACAAGCGAACAUCCUGGUCUCCACGAGUACCGGAAAAGCCUCCAGUCAACAUCUACAUCCUGACCGACGGUGUUUGGCAGCCAGGUCAACAUUGUGUUUCGACCAUAAAAGGACACAUCACCCGCCUAGUUCAUCAUUUGGCUGAAACAGGCAGGCUUGAGCAUGUCGGCAUCCAAUUCAUCCGCUUCGGCAAUGAUGCGAUCGGGAAAGAGCGCCUCGAAUAUCUCGACAACGAUAAUCUGAAGCAUUAUGAGGUUCCCGGGGACAUUGUCGAUACAGAGCCAUCCACUGGCAACGUUUUCAAAAUGCUCCUCGCGAGUACUGAUCCUUCCUGGGAUAACGACGACGAUGAGCCGAGCGGCUGA